UAAGCCAAUCGGUGAUCAGUUUAGUCUUUGUGUGUCUGUUGGAGGAUUAUAUAUUCAAGCCCUUUAAAUUAUAGCGAGAGAUCAGAUCUCCAUAAACACAGAAGCAAAAGUUUUGCACUUGUUCUUUGCAUCUCCCAUAUUGGAAUAAUAUUGACCAUCUUGAGUUUCAUAUAGUCCGUGGAGAGAGAAAGAGAGAGAGAGAGUAUGACGUUAGAAGCUGUGGUGUUCCAGCCAGACCCAUUUAGCUGUGGAAAUUGUCUGGAAGGAAGUAGAUCUUGGGACCAUGGCUUUGGUUUCGGAGGAGAUGAUGAUCAACAAGAAAAAGGCUACGCUCAACAUGAUAUUCUCAACAAUGGUAAUAUUGUAGGGCAAGGCCUUAUGGGGUACUGUUCACCGUCUCAGGUGAGAAUCCAAAGUGUCAACACCGGCAAUUCUUUCUCUAGCCCGAUGGCCACCACAGGCCAGAGAAAGAGGCGGCGCACGAGAAACAUCAAGAACAAGGAAGAGGUGGAGACUCAGAGGAUCACCCACAUUGCUGUUGAACGCAAUCGGAGGAAGCUCAUGAAUGACUAUCUGGCCGCACUGCGCUCUAUGAUGCCUGCUUCCUAUGCCCAAAGGGGUGACCAAGCAUCAAUCAUAGGAGGAGCCAUAAAUUUUGUGAAGGAGCUUGAACAACUUCUGCAAUCUUUAGAAGCCAGUACAAAAACCAAACAAUCACACUUGGAUUUGGCCUCCAUAUUCUCCAACUUCUUUACCUUCCCUCAGUACUCGACCUGUUCGAAUACUAACACCCACGGCCAUGGCCAUAGCGAGUACAUGAACAACAACUUGGUGCAUCCCCACGAGAUAAUGGGGGAGAAGCGGUCGGGGGCAAUUGCAGAUGUGGAAGUAACAAUGGUAGAAAGUCAUGCGAACAUUAAAGUGCUUUUGAAAAGACACCCAAGACAGCUCUUAAAGAUGGUGGUUGGGUUGCACUCUCUGCGUCUUAUGAUCCUUCACCUUAAUGUCACAACUAUGGAUAGCAUGAUCCUCUACUCUUUCAGCGUCAAGGUUGAAGAUAAUUCUCAGUUGACCUCAAUGAAUGAUAUUGCAGCUGAUGUGUAUGAAAUGGUGGGAAGGAUUCAGGAAGAGGCCCAGUUUUUACUUCAAUAACACUCAUCUAUUAAUUUGUUUAAGUAGCACUGUUGGCAUUAUGAUUUAUGCAUGCUUUCUGCUUUUAUGUAACUCGUUAUAAAUUAGACCAACUUUGGUUAUAUAUGUUUCUUUAAUAUAUAUUUGCCAACUAUUGCUUGUA